AUGACCAAUGGAUUUCCUGUACAAGAUCACCGUCACUCGUCCCAUCACAUCCACCACCCCCUGUCCAAACUCCCAGGAGACGGCAGGAGGAAGAAGAGUGGGAGGAAGAGGAGACGGAGCAGCAGUAAGGACCACAGAGUGUGUUCCAGCCCCAGCGGUGCUUUAGCCAUCGAAGAGGGUGAAGAUGAGGAGGAGGAGGAAGAUGAAGAAGCUACGGAGGGCCAGAGUGUCACAGAGAGAAAAGACAGUGUUCAGUUCUUCGUGUCAGAUGACGAGCCUUAUGUAUCCACACCCGAGACUUCAGAACCUCUUCCUGCGCGAGAAAUCCUGAUCGUCCCCUCGUCUGCUGUGUGUGCAGAGCCUCAGGACAGCACAUCCACUGAGCCAUCUGACUCUGUUCCUCCGAUCCCUAGCGCCACUGAACCCAGCUCUCUGCCCCGUGUGUCGAGUCGCAGCUACGACCUUCAGGAGAGACGUCGCACGGGCAACAUGACGGGGACCGAGCAGGCCAAAUACCAGCGGAUCCCCACUGAUGAGUUUGAGGCACAGACCCUGGCCUCGGCCGACCUGGACGGCAUUAAAAGCCAUCGUUUUGAAGAUGUUCCUGGAGUACGUCGACACCUGGUCAGGAAAAGCACGAAGGGUCAGGUGGUGCACAUCAGCAAAGACCACAAAGAGCCCAGCACACGCAGUCGCAAACUGGACCGGACGCCACAUGAGGUGUUUGUGGAGCUGAAUGAGCUGAUCAUGGAUAAAAACCAGGAGAUGCAGUGGAGAGAAACGGCUCGCUGGAUCAAGUUUGAAGAGGAUGUGGAGGAGGAGACGGACCGCUGGGGGAAACCACACGUCGCCUCGCUGUCAUUCCGCAGUCUGCUGGAGCUGAGAAAAACCAUCUCUCAUGGUGAGAACCUGGAGAAACCUGCAGAAAAGUCUGUGUUUGUGGAGCUGAAUGAGCUGAUCAUGGAUAAAAACCAGGAGAUGCAGUGGAGAGAAACGGCUCGCUGGAUCAAGUUUGAAGAGGAUGUGGAGGAGGAGACGGACCGCUGGGGGAAACCACACGUCGCCUCGCUGUCAUUCCGCAGUCUGCUGGAGCUGAGAAAAACCAUCUCUCAUGGAGCUGUGCUUUUGGACUUGGACCAGAAGACUCUACCUGGCAUCGCCCAUCAGGUGGUGGAACAGAUGAUCAUCUCUGAUCAGAUCAAAGCCGAGGACAGAGCCAAUGUCCUCCGCGCUCUUCUACUCAAGCACAGUCACCCGAGCGAUGAGAAGGAGCACAGCUCCUCAUUCCCCAGAAACAUCUCAGCAGCCAGCCUGGGCUCUCUGAUCACCCAUCACCAGAGCAGCAGUAACCACCUGUCCCCAGUCCCCGAACUCUCCGUCACAGAGCCACUCAUGGGGUCCACAAGGACCAGUCAAGACAGCUCACUUCACAUUGACAUUGAGAAGAACGAGAAAGAUUCUGCUUCAUCCAUAGGCAUGCACAGAUCCAAAUCCAAACAUGAACUUAAGCUUCUGGAGAAAAUUCCGGAAAAUGCUGAAGCCACCGUCGUACUUGUUGGCAGUGUUGACUUCCUGGAGCAGCCCACCAUGGCAUUUGUUCGACUUCAGGAAGCUGUAGAACUGGACUCUGUGUUGGAGGUUCCGGUUCCUGUUCGGUUUCUCUUUGUGCUGCUUGGUCCUCCCAGCACCAGCAUGGACUACCACCAGAUCGGACGCUCCAUUUCAACACUCAUGUCUGACAAGCAAUUUCAUGAAUCUGCGUACCUGGCAGAUGAUCGGCAGGACCUGCUCAAUGCCAUCAAUGGCUUUCUGGACUGCAGUAUUGUUCUGCCUCCAUCAGAACUAGGCGGUGAAGAGCUCCUGCGGUCUGUUGCUCACUUCCAAAGAGAGAUGCUCCGCAAGAGAGAGGAGCAGGAAGUGGCCUUGCUGUCCAAAGAGCCCAAGAGCCUUGAAGAGAAAGAGGCCUUGCUAGCACCCAUAAAACUAGAAGACGACCCAUUACGACGCACAGGCCGUCUGUUUGGUGGGCUGAUCCGUGACGCCCAGCGCCGUUACCCAAAGUACAUCAGUGACUUCAAGGAUGCGCUGAACCUCCAGUGCAUGGCUGCUGUCAUCUUUAUUUAUUUCGCUGCUCUUUCUCCCACCAUCACAUUCGGAGGCCUUCUAGGUGAGAAGACUGAAGGCCUCAUUGGUGUGUCGGAGCUGAUUGUGGCCACUUGUAUUCAGGGUGUGUUGUUCUGUCUGCUCGGGGUUCAGCCACUUCUGGUGGUGGGCUUCUCUGGACCAAUCCUGGUGUUUGAAGAAGCCUUCUUCUCUGUGAGUUUACAGUACCAGAUUCUCUACCAUAAGUAUGAUAAAUAUGCUAAAUACCAUAUGCUGUCAAAGGGUGAAGAAGCACCAAAAUGUGAGAAGACUGAAGGCCUCAUUGGUGUGUCGGAGCUGAUUGUGGCCACUUGUAUUCAGGGUGUGUUGUUCUGUCUGCUCGGGGUUCAGCCACUUCUGGUGGUGGGCUUCUCUGGACCAAUCCUGGUGUUUGAAGAAGCCUUCUUCUCUGUGAGUAUAAUAAGUCAAUUUGGGUCUUUUUUACAGCUAAGAAGAGUUAUUGGAGAUUUUGGAGUUCCUAUUGCCAUUCUUAUCAUGGUUCUGGUAGACUACAGCAUUCAAGACACACACUCACAGAAACUGAGUGUACCACGAGGUUUUUCAGAGACUAGUACUGAUAAGCGAGGUUGGAUAGUCAAUCCUCUGGGUUCUGAUGGUCAGUUCCCUAUCUGGAUGAUGUUUGCCAGCAUCCUUCCGGCUCUGCUCGUCUUCAUUCUCAUCUUUAUGGAGACACAAAUCACAACGUUGAUAGUCAGUAAGAAAGAGCGAAUGCUGGUCAAGGGUUCUGGUUUUCAUCUGGAUCUGUUGCUCAUCGUGACUCUCGGUGGCACCAGUGCUCUGUUCGGCCUGCCGUGGAUGGCUGCGGCCACCGUGCGCUCUGUAACCCAUGCCAACGCCCUCACCGUAAUGAGCAAAGCCGUCGCCCCUGGAGACAAACCUCGAAUCCAGGAGGUCAAGGAGCAGAGGGUGACCGGGUUACUGGUGGCAAUACUUGUAGGUCUCUCGAUAGUAAUCGGUGAUCUGCUCGGUCAAAUCCCCAUCGCUGUGCUGUUUGGCAUCUUCCUAUACAUGGGUGUGAUGUCACUGAAUGGGAUUCAGCUGACCGAACGGAUCUUGCUGCUACUGAUGCCCCCUAAAUACCACCCUGAUCACACCUAUGUACGCAAGGUGCGGACCCUGCGGAUGCAUCUCUUCACUGCAAUACAGGUGGUCUGUCUUGCUGUCCUCUGGGCGGUCAUGUCUACUGUGGCAUCUCUGGCUUUCCCGUUUGUUCUCAUCAUGACCGUCCCUGUCAAGAUGUUUCUUCUGCCACGCAUCUUUAGCGCUCGUGAAAUGCAGUGUUUGGACGCUGAUGACGCAGAGCCUACUUUUGACGAGAAGGAGGGUCACGACGAAUACACCGAGAUGCACAUGCCAGUCUGAGCCACGACCACAGCUGUCCGUCUCUUGCCUGUCUUCCUGUCAGUCACGCUAUUGGCCAGUAGGAUAGUUGCUUUUAAAACCUUGAUAAACCAAAUCGCACAGCGAGUCUCGACGUGCUGUAGAAGUGAGAAUAGUGCAUUACGUGGACCUGAUCUCCACCCGGCAUUUCCAGAGACUCAUUUCAUUUGUAUUAGAGAGUUUGAGCUGCUAUCACACCGUUUAGCCUUAAACAAGCGUGUUUGUCGUCUAUGAGGAAAAGGAAUAUACCUUAUGGGGUUAACUGGACGUUCACCAUUCAGGGCCCAUGCAAUAUUAUAUGUAGUUUAUAGUGAGUAUUCAUGAUCAAGAAAGAUUGCCAAGGUCCAUUUCAUCUUAUGCUGCAUGCAUGUCUGUGCUUUUAAUAGUUUUACUAGCUUCUCUUUUAUUUUCUGAUUUAUGACCCAGCAUAUAUUAAUUCAUACAUUUGACAGUAUUUUUUUUUUCCUUCAUUGCCAUCCGAUCAUGACUUAUUUCCCUUUUUCAAAAUUCCAUCUAAACUGAUGUUUUCUCUGCUAUAAUGCAUGAAACCCUAAACUCUCACAAUAACUCUAGAUGUGCAGAUGCUGUAUAUUUUAUUUUGACUGUUACAUGCAGAGCGAGUGAACUCGAGUUUUAGAGGAUGUAUUUGGUGGUAAAUGGUCAUGAGGGAUUUUAAGAUGUGUUUUAGCUCGGAUAGAUGCACUAGUGAACUACUUGGAGUCUUAAAACCCAUUUAAAGAAACGGUGCGUCCCUACAGAUGAUCCCAGAAUUGUAGUGUUUAGGGUUCUGAUUCAAUUUAUAUGUUGACCUGAUAAAUUGGUACUUUCUGACACAUUUUCUACCACGUAUUAGUGGGUAUAUUUGAUGGUAAGUGGUCUUGAGGAAUUUUAAGAUGAGUUUUACCUUGGAUGGAAGCACUAGUGACUUAGCUUGGCAUCUUAAAACACAUUUUAAGAAAGAAAAAAAAGAGCAUCCCUACACAUAAUCCCAAAUUUGUAAUGUUUAGGGUUCUGAUUCAGUUUAUCAUGGUUCAUUUAUAAGAACUAAACAUUUUGACCUGAUAAACUGGUAUUUUCUACCACAUUUUUAAAGUCUUUCCGCAUACAACAUUGAACUAACAGUAAAACAGAAGUCUGUUCUUUUCAGCACCAGUUCUCAGUAAACACAGUAUAGAUUUUGAUUUACUUACUAAUUAUUUGUUGGUUUAAUGGGAACCGUAUUAUUCAUGUAAGUUCAUGAGGGAUUUUGCCACAGAAUUCCUGAAUAAUACCACAAUUUUUUUUCCCCAUCAUUCACUAAUACCCCACUUUUUGGAUCUCUAAUGUAAGUUAUAGGGUGAAUCUGAUUUGAUUCAAUUAGGGCUGUGCAAAAAAUCUUUUGCGCUUUUCAUGCGCAUCUCGUCAGUAAAGCCGAUUUCGAGUAAAACGCGAUUUUGUGUAGCUUAUCAGUGAACUACGACUCUGUGUCGUAAAUGCCGCUCCAUCUGAACGCACAUGCUGGAGAUUUACUACUAAUCACAGGAGCGGCUUUACUGACGAGAUGCGCAUGAAAAUCGCAUAAGAUUUUUUGCACAGCCCUAGAUUCAAUACACUUCCACUUGGAAUAUUUUGUGUGCACAAAUUAGAGGUCU